CAGAGUUAGAUACACAGAAAGAGGAAAUGGAACACUUCAGCAAGGACUUCAGCAUAGGCGCAUGCGAUGGCCAGAAGGUUGUAGAUGGAGAGACCAUGCCACUGGUGCUGCAACCUCCAGAGCCAACCAGGAAUGAUGUAGAGUCGCUUGUGUCGACUCUCAAGAAGAAGAAGGACUGGUUUGAACAGAUGCUUAUCAAGAACAGCGCAAUCCUGCUUAGAGGUUUCAAUGUACAGAAUGCAGUGGAGUUCAAUGAUAUUGUUGAAGCUCUCGGGUGGGAUGAUAUUCGUUACGUUGGGCCUGCUCCUCGUACACAUAUACACAAGCGUGUCUGGACUGCCAAUGAAGGGCCUUUAUCUGAGUUCAUAUACUAUCAUCAUGAGAUGGUGCUGAUUAAGGAGUACCCCAAACAAGUCAUCCUAUUCUGUGAGACACCACCACCAGAAGGAGGACAAACACCGUUUGUUCCAAGCUUCCGAGUAACAGAAAGGAUGCUCGAGGAGUUCCCAGAAGCUGUAGAAGAAAUGGAGACAAAUGGCUUGAAGUACACCUUCACAGCUCCUAGCAAAAACAGCACAGGUUCAAUGAGAGGUAGGGGCUGGGAGGAUGCUUUUGCCUCAUCAGAUCGUGCCAUAGCUGAGCAAAGGGCUAAUGCUCUAGGCAUGGAUGUCGAGUGGCUAGCAGAUGGUUCGAUGAAGACGAUACUCGGUCCAAGAUCACUGACAAAGGUGUUUGAAGGAAGAAAAGGAAGGCGAAUGUGGUUCAACACGGUUGUGGGGAUGCAUGGAAAGGAACACAGUUCUGCUUCAAUGGCCGACGGUACAGAGAUUCCAGACAAUGUGGUGAAUAGAUGCCAAGAGAUAAUUGAAGAAGAAAGUAUCCAAUUCAAGUGGGAGAAGGGUGAUGUGCUAUUCUUUGAUAACUAUGCUUUGCUCCAUGGAAGGAGGCCUUCUGCUGCUCCUAGGAGAGUCUUGGUUGCUACCUGCAAGUAGUGAUCUCUUGCGCUCUUAACGGUUGCCUACUGACUUGAUGAUCAUCAAGUUCUAUACUAUUUCAUCAUUUAUGUGAACCUGUUUGUGAUACUUGGUAGUCUCACUUAAAGAAGACAAUAAUGGACUAGUCUCAAAUAUACCUGCUUGAUGUUUUUGUUUAGCUAUCCAUAUGUUGGAUCAAGAGUGUAUUUUUAGUCUUUGUUACAUUUUCCAUCUCUUGUACUGGUCAAGAAAUAAGUGAAUCAAAUGCCAUCGUUUUCUGC